AAGAUUCACCAACCAUCGGACUUCUCAGGGGAUCGUCUCGAGGCCAGUGCCUUCCUGAACAUCUGUAGGACGUACCUCCGCGUCAACAAGGAUGCUUACACUGAUGAUGAGGACAAGGUGAUCUUUGUCCUGUCAUUUAUGGUGGGAGGAACGGCAGCCCCUUGGAGGGAAGCACGAGAGGAAGAUGCCUUCACCGUUGUAAGUGGCAAGGAGAAGGGAUUUGGGACCUUCAACGACUUCGUCACGGAAUUCAAGAAGGCGUUUGAACCCCUCUCUCCUACCUCCGACGCCAUCACCAAGCUCAAAGCCCUGAAGCAAACAGGCCUUGCAGAGGAC